CAACGUCGCAAACUCAUUUGAAAACAGUCAGUCGCCAUCUUCAAUUCUCCGUGUUCAGACAGACCAGUUGCAAGUGAGACAGAAAGAGUGGUAUAUUUAGAAGUGGAUUUGUACUGAGUGUCGUUUAUUUUAAGUGUAGUGAAUCGUGUGAUUUGUGGCGAAUAUUUUACGAAAAUGGAAGCUAUCUUAACUGGUUCUCAGCUGUAGCUUGACAUUACGUGGUACUAAUGGAUGAAUAUGGUGGGCCAUCAAAUAUACCCGUUACUUUCAGACCACAGGAAACAUUCCAGAGAGUACAGGAAGCACAAGUCGAACACAGGUUUCCGAAUCCAACCGGGAUAGUUAGUUUACCAAGAGGAAGUAGAGGACCGAGGAGCCUAUAUUUGAGACGGUAUGGAGACAGUUUUGGAUUUACUCUUAGGCAUUUCAUCGUCUACCCACCAGAAUCUAUUGCAGAAUACCAUGAUGGUAGACAUGCUGCUGUGGGUGCUCUGCUCGCGCCCAUGGACACCAUCUUCGUGAAGCACGUAAAAGAUAGGAGUUCGGCUAAAUUAGCUGGAUUACAGAAAGGUGAUCGAUUGGUCGCCGUUAAUGGGAUACCCGUUAAAGAUAAAACUUAUUCUCAAGUGGUGCAAUUAAUAGUUAAUAGUCCGGAAUAUCUCCAUCUAUUGGUGGUGCCUAAAGAAGAAGACGUUUUGCAAAGGUUUUUUGCCGAAACUGCACAUAAUCCAGUAAGUAACCAACAAAUCUACCCGGAAACUCCCGUGGACAAACACACAGCUCAACAGAUUAUAUCUAAACGAUUAGCUCACGUACCUCCAGAAUUCCAAGUGGACGCAUUUUCCUGGAGAACUUUGCAACAACCGUAUGGAGUAAUUGGAGAACCACUUCAAAGAGUUGAAUACGAAAGGGGACAGCACAGUGCCGAGAGUCUUCUACAAAACGUUCCUAGAAGAAAUAACCAACAAGAAAUAUAUGCAGAAAUCCAGCCCCAUGACACGGAUAAGAUCAGAAGGUCUAAGGCUGCACCCCAGGUCCCCUUAUAUAAGAAAAUGGACAGAAGGGCAAGCGAAGGAAAUAUAUUAUCUAAUCCAGAACGUUACAACACAGAAUAUAGCAGUCUAAUACCUAUGAGUGAAAAUAAAUACAACAUGAAGACGAUAUACAAAAGCAGUAAUUACAUGUCGGAAACCCCCGACUUUUCAUCAAAGACUCCAAACUGUAGACAUAGUAUGGAAGUCGAGAGAAGAAGAGAAUCCACCUCUUCGCUGUCUUCUUCUAUACCAGAGAGCACCAAAGACAGUCUAAUAUCUUUCGACUCCAAUUCUACAUUAACCGGACACGAAACAGACGAUUCCGCAAUCAUGAAUAGAUUUAGAAAAAGCGUCCAACAAAAGGAGGAGUUUCUUAAAACGCCCGUCAACGUAACGGAUCAAUCGAUUGUUAGAAAAGAAUUUUACAGCAGGCCGAAAAAAUUGGAAAGACAAGUAUGGCCUCCGAACGAACGAGAAUCCAAAAAUUCGAAACCCAGCCACCAAAAUUUCAUAAGGGUCAAAAACGAUAUUGAAAAUGAAAGAGAUCUUAGCGGAGGUAAUCCUCAAAAUGGUUAUCCGGUACAAGGAGGAGCGAUAAAUAAUGUACCUCAACAAAGAGGCGUUACGUCACCCAAGGAAAAAAUACUCGUUAACGCCGAUAGAAUAUAUGAAGCUUCAAUACCUCCCAGCGAAUUCGAUAGCACGGAAGGACUGAAUGGAUCAGCAGCAGAAGAUGCCUACAUUGACGAUAGAAGGGUCUAUUCUCCGCCUCUGCAGAUCGUUUCGAAACGAGCUAAAGAUUUCGAAUCCGGUAAACCUCUACCAGAGGAUGAUCCAAUACAAGCGAACAAAACUAAUUUUUCUCGAAGCGAAUUAGCAAGACUCAGUAGUAAGAAAUUGGUGCCAAAUGUUACCGAACUGGCUCAGGAUUACGAAAUAAAAGCGUCGGAACCGAAAAAAGAUACAAGUCUAACUUCAACCACCUCAUCUAACUCAGUAUUGAAAAGGAUACAAAGAGAUAGCAGAUCUUUGGAUAGCUCUGGGAGCAACGCCAGCAGUGCUAGCGUCCACGAAAUAUUGUUUGGAGGCGGCAGCGGUAAGGGGCUUUCCGGAAAUGUCACCAUUUCCAGUGGAAGCAAAUACUUACACUGCCCCCUGCCCUCAGAAUUUCAAUCGGGCAAACCACCAGCAGAUAUUGUAGAUCUGACACCAAAAAUGCGAGUUAGAUCGAACUCAGUUGAAUCCUGGAUUGGUGCGAUGACCGAUAGAAGAAAGGCGAAAGAUGAGUCACAAAAAACACGAGACUGUGAAGUGACUCUGGAUUUAAGCCGAUCUCCUUCGAUCCCACCUUCCACCGAUUUACCUCCUCUAAUACCAGAAUCAGUCGAACGUAUCCAUCUCGCUCCUUCUGUUUCUAUAACUCCUCCAACUCCGAUGAAUAAACCGAUUCGACCCACUCAGUUGGAUUUAGACGGGCCCGUCAAAUCUGCUUGGCUCUUAAAACCGCCUAGUACACACCCGGACGCGUCCCAAAGACGGAGUCUUACACCUCAUUUUGAAGAUAAACCAGUAGUUGUGAAGAGGAGGAAUAAAAGUACUAACAUGGCUGAUGAUGAACGAGCGACCCGUCGAGAAUCUUACUUGAAGGCAACCGAAGGUGGUAGAAUGUACAUUGACAGCGAUUUAAGUGAUAGUGGUGAACUUUCUCCGCAGGCGCUGAGAAGCGCGCACAGGCGAUGGCGUCCUCCUCUAUUUCCCGGUGAUAUCCAACAACUCAGAAAACUCUUCGAAGAUGCUGCCUCCUCUUUGGGUGGUAGCAUCAGUAGCAGCAACGCGUCUUUAGAUCGUGAUAAAGUGUCGGAAGGAUCUAGUCCCUUAGUGGAAAGUAAGGAGCUAUCGUUUAUCGUGAAGGACGGAGUACUGCACUGUAAAAUAUUGGAGAUAGAUGGCAAACGAGCCACCGAUAGAUCUUGGAAACAAGUAUUCGUGGUCUUGAAAGGUCCCAAAUUGUUUCUUUAUCGUGACAGACAUCAUCAGAGUCCCGUAGGAACUUCAGAUUCUUUAGACCAAUCGUUAUCUACUGGCGUCGAUAUGCGUACGAGCGUCGUUCGUGUAGCCGAAGAUUACACCAAACGAAAAAAUGUUCUCCGAGUAUCUGCAGUUAAACCGUGCAGAUCUGAAUUUUUACUCCAAGCCGAUAGUUCGGACGAAUUCGCCGAUUGGGUUAAAAUUUUACAAGAACAGGUAGCAGCUAGUACUGAUGCAGAAUUGGAACAGCAAUGCAGUAAACAAAAAGCGGUGCCCCAGCUAGUACCAGCAUCUACCACCAUACAAGUCCAAGGUAGUUAUUUAUCUCCCCAGCUGAAUAAACAGAAACCUACCACUUCUCGAAAUCGUUCACCAACAGGUCAAUCUCCUGUUAGUAAAAGUAGAAAAUCUUCCCAAAUACCAGAACCUGGUGCGACUAGUCCGAAAUCCAAAACAUGGCGAGGCAGAAUGGUAAAACAAUUCAAGAAAUUCAAUCAAGGAGGAAAUAGUCCUAGCAGUCCAACGGCACCGGAAGGAUCUACUUUUGGAAUUCCGAUAGAGCAUUGUAUACCAUCUGAUAACAAUCAUUAUCUUCCGAGAUUUGUGGAAGUUUGUACUGAUAUCAUCGAUGAAAGGGGGUUGCAAACUAUCGGUAUAUAUCGAGUACCAGGUAACAAUGCAUCCAUAACAGCUCUAACAGAUGAAAUCAACAGGAACCACGAAGAAGUUCCAUUAGAAGACCACAGAUGGAACGAUUUGCAUGUAGUGAGCAGUUUAUUGAAAUCGUAUUUCAGAAAAAUGCCAGACAGUCUAAUCACAGUUCAACGUUAUCAGAGUUUCAUCAAAGCAGAUAAAAUUGAAAAUCCGAAGGAAAGAAUGGAGCAAUUGAGACGUUUAAUUAAAAGUCUUCCUAAACAUAAUUAUUACACUUUGAAACAUAUGGUGAUGCAUUUGAGGAGAGUGGGUAAUAAUUCUAACGUCAACAAAAUGGAUUUUAAAAACUUGGCUAUAGUAUUUGGUCCUACAAUAGUGAGAGCGGAAGAAGAAAAUAUGGAGAGUAUGGUCAGUCAUAUGAAUAACCAGUACAAGAUUGUGGAGACUUUAUUAACCCACGCGGACUGGUUUUUCCCGGAAAACGAAACUGAGGAAAAUCUUCCGGUACCAGAUAGUUUAGUUGACGUUAACGAAGAAUUCGAUAAUAACAAUCAAUCGUUAUUGCUAAACAAUAUUGGAAAAUAUGGAGCUCUAAAGGACCAGAAAGAAAAAAACGGUGCAUUAUUUUAUUCGAUAAUUUCGGCUGCCCAACAAAAAAUCAAACGGAAACCCCAUAAACCGAUGAACUUGAUGCAAGAAUCUAAAGAAGAACCGGCAUCGCCUACUAAUCUAAAAGUCUUCCCAACCCAAUCGUUUUCACCAAUUGAUCUCAAAGAUAGUUCGUUGCCAGAUGAAAAAUCCCCAGAGAUACCAACAACUGUAACGGACAUUGAAAAGAAGAGCGCUACAGAAAAAGUGCCUUGGUUCAAAUACGAAUCCGACAAAGAUGAGUUUCACCGAAGAAUUGAAAAUUUCAAACAAGAAACCGAAGCCAUGUUACAGUUACCCAGGAAAACGGAAAUUUCCGUUAGCAAUAUAGAUCCCCGUUCGAUUGGACAAAACAGUUCAACAACAAGCAACAACAGACUGAAUAUCCCCAAACAAUCGGACGUUCAUCAUCUUAUGAAAACUAAUAGUGCUACAAACGUGUUUUCGAGGACUAACAAUCCAGCAGAAGUGAAUCGUAAUAGUCUAGCUUCUAUUGAUAAUUUUGCCGUGCAAUAUACGAAUAAUAAGAACGGUAACGAAUAUAAUUACGUAAAGCAAAGAGACGUUAAAAAUGCGACAAAAAACUUGAGCGGUGGUGAUGAUACAGAUGGUGGUUUUAGUGAUAGGACAAUUAGUAAUUUUAGAGGAAAUAUUAGACGGGGCGGUUCGGUAGAGAACGUCAGCUCUAAUUCUGUUGAUCUAGUAUCUAAUGGAAAGAAAAUAAAGUAUGAAAGUGAGAAUGAGAGUGGAAGAAUUGCAACGGGUUCGUUGGAGUCUCUUAAUAAAUUAGCAAAUGAUGACGAAUCUUUAUUGAGUACGAUGACAAAACUCAUCGAUGAAAGGCUAAAAGAAGAACCUUCAGUUUUAUCUGGAGAUGGAAUCCCAUUCGUGGACGAAUCACCGGAAAAACAUCCCAAAAAUUUUUACCUGGAUAAGGAGAACAUCCCACAGGCUAGUGACUUGUACAGAAAUCCUAGUUUACAUAAAAACCAACUCAAAAUGUCGAAAAAAGAAGAUAAAGAAUAUAAAAACGACAAAGAAAAAGAAGAAGAUACGAUGGCUAUGGAAAAAGUACCUGAUAAUGAUAGAAACAUAACCAAAACAUUGAUGUUUUCAAAUAACAAUAAAUUUAACCAGAACGGAACUAAGUUGAGACGAUCCGAGUCUUUGAAUAAACCAGAAAGAACUGUCUCCCCUCUCAAUAAUAAAUUAAAACGAUCCGAAAGUUUAAACAAAGCGGGAGAUAGAUUAAAAAGAUCGGACAGUUUAAGUAAAAGCGAAAAAACCGAAAGCAAUAUAAAUAGAAAGCGGGAAAUAACGCUAAGUAAUCGCAGAUUCAAAGAUUCAAAUAAAAACAAGAGGAAGAACGGUAUGCCAGACCGUUCUAUAAAGAGAAGACACACCGUAGGCGGAACUAAGGAUCCCGACAAAAUCACCUGGGUUAUGGACAACAAAAAUCAAGAAGUAGGUGCGAACCAAGUACCGAGGAAAGAGAAAAACCUUCGUACCAGUUCUCCGGAUUUGAGUACCAUGCGUCGCGAUAGAGUUUGUUUCGAAAUAAAUUUCAUCGGACCUGAAAAUAUGGUUGUAGCUGUCAGCCAACAUCUCAUAGAAGCUCGACCUCAAAGUUUUCCCGAAUCUUCUAUGUUUAAAGUGCCUCUAGAAUCUCACGUGUGACCUAAGAAGUUUUGAAUCACAAGACAAAAUAAUGAAUGAAAGGAACACAAAAACAAUUUCACCCACCACAAAUUUUAUCCCACAAAAUUUUUAAUAAAAAAUAUUGAAUUUCUCUUUUGACUUGAUUUGAAAAGUAUAUGGUAAAUUAUCGGAAAUGGGGCUCUAUCACAUCGGGAGAGGAUGUUAGUGGAAAAUAAUUUUCGAAUGCAAUACUAUAAAGAAAUAUUAGCCCCCCAUAAAAAGUUAAUGGAGAUUUGUAGGUUUGUAACAAAGUAGGGCGUUAAUGUGAAGAUAUUAAAAAUCGAAAAAAAUCAAAAAAACAACAAACGCUUUGUGCGAGGAUGGCCAAAAAAGAAAUCAGAAAUUUUGUAAAAAAAAUAUAUAUUUAAUUAUGAAAAUGAUCCUUAUUCAUUUCCAUACAGUUUUCAAUAAGUUUCAUACUUUUUUAUAAACCGCCCAUGUCACUUCUUCGUUUUUAGAAAAAUCUGAACUAUUUUUUAAAAUCUGGAUAUAGUAACUAAUCAGAGGAGGGUAAAUCAGGCAAAUAGGGUGCAUGAGGUAGCAAUUCAAACUUUAAUUCAUUAAUUUUGGUCAAUAAAAUAACAUAUUUGUGAACUUAUGCAUAGUCUUGAUGAAAUAAUAUUUUUUUCUCAUCAAAAAGUAGUUUUUGCUUUCUUUGUUCGCUCAAAAAUACUUGCCGUUAACGGUUUUCCUUUUUUAAUGAAAAUUAUCCCAAAAAACAGAUUCUAGGAUCUUGCUUGUUGUUGGUGUAUAUAGUUCAAGGUGUCAUGACCGAUCUGAAAGAUCUUUUGUGUCCCCUUUUUGUUGCUAUGGUACUGCCUGAUCUAUUAAUCCCACUCUUCGUCUCAUAUUUGUGUGAUUCUUAACGUGGUAGUUCAUUAAAAUCUGUUAUCCAACAUUUUUCCAUCAUAAACGAAGAAACAAACACCCAAAAUCAAAUCAAAGUUUUCAAAUUUUCUUCUUCCAGUCACUGAAAAUAUUCAAUAUUGUUGACAGUUUUUCUUUUCUGAUCUAUUAAUCCCACUUCUCUUGGAAAGUUUAUAAUACGGGAUGGCUCUAGAUGCUAGAAAUCUUCGUUUUCUAUUCCCGUUCCCAAGUUUAGUACUCUAGAGCUACGUAGUCUUUCAUACUUCGAAAGAAUGUGGCUAGAGGUUUCCUAUAACCUUGCUUGCAGACAAAACGGUUUUCAUCUUAUUUAGACACGGUUCUACCAUUUCAUUCUCUUGUUUCGAUUAUUUUUUAUCUUUGGUGUGAAAUUAUAUAUCCUAUCCAUGGUUAUAAAACGCUAAAAUUCUAUUUUUGCUAUGAAACUUCACUAAAUUCGAGACUGUUUUUGCUGGGUCGUGAGCCAUCUAACACACAAUUUUAUCAUUAUACAAUUUCCAGAUAAUAUGCGAUGCAAUACACUUUUUUCAAUGUCUAUUAUGUCUUUUGUUGUCUUUGUUGUUGAUUUUUAACAUGGUAGAUCAUUAAACUCUGCUACCCAACAUAAAAGAAGAAGCAAACAUCCAAAAUAAAAUCCUGAACACACUGUUUACACCAACAUUCACAAUUACUCUGUCUGACGAGCGUUUCGAUAACCAAGCUAUCGUCUUCAGAGACUAAGGGUAAACAGUUCACUUUCAGUUUCUGAAGAUGAUAAGUUGGUUAUAGAAACGGGCGUCAGACAGGUACAUUUCAACAAUUUGUAAGUAGACAACGUAGUACUCAACAUACAAGAAGUAUAACUUAUUGUAAUCAAAAAAAUCCACCAAGGAGCUAAAUUUCCAUUUCGAGCAGAUAUAAAUGAGAAACUUUCAUACUGUAAUAUUUUUUUAAGAAGUGAGAAUAAUUUGAAGUUGAUUGGAGCCCCGCUUAUGAAAUAUGUGAAAAAUUUUAGUGUCCCUUAGUCUUAUCAUAUCAAAUAGAACCAAAUUAAGGAAAUUAAAGAAUUGUUGUAGAUAAAGGUGAAGAAGUGUCGUAAAGUCCAAUUAAAUUAUCUUGUGGUUCAGUGUAAUAAAAAAAAUCUUAGAGGUGCCUUUAAAAAAACGGAAACAUCAAUUUUUUAGACUGAUAAGUGUCCAGUGUGCAAUAAUUGUGCAUUUUAAUUUAUUUGUUAUAUGAGGAAUUGGAAAUUUUGGAACAAAAUUAAUAAAAAAAAUCAACGUUCGUGUAUAUAAUUUUUAUUAUAGAAAAUUAUUUAAAAAAAAUUAAAUUAUUUUAUAAUUUCGAGAAAAUUUGUGAUACAUAUUUUAAUUGAUCAUAUUUUAUAGAUGUAUUUUAUUAUAAAAUAUAUUUUUAGAUCAAAUUAGUUAUUAUAUUGGAAAAAAAUUCUAUUAUCUUGUAUUCUGAUUAUAAAGGUGUUUUUGAUUCUAAAUUUAUUAUUUAUGUUCCAUAAUUCACCCAUACAUUAAACUGCAAAUUAUUUUAAACAAUUAGAGGAAAUAAAAUUUCUUAAGAACCUAUAAACAGUCUAGACCCUUAAAAGUCAAAUCCUACUGACAAAAAUUUUUUAAUGGAACACAAAAUUCUUAAUAUAGUUUCAUAGGUAUUUACUGGAGUGACGACUUUUACUUCUUCAAUGGAGUGAAAAUAGUUACCCAGCAAUUGUAUGUUAUGGAACAAAACAAAAUUCAUAUCGAGUAAAAUCAAAAACAGAAUUAGAUCCAAUAAUUUAAAACCAGACCAAAGACACUUUCAGUCGAUCAUCUUUGAACAUAUGUUUAGUACCAAUUUUUCUGAGAUUAUCUUUGAUUAAAAAAGUUGAAGGCAUGUCUUUGUCGACUUCAAUGGAUAUGUACCACUUUGAAACCAAGAUUUUCGAUAAAACAGAAUACAUAUAAUAAGACUUCACAAUACGGAGUACAUCCAGAUUACAAAACUAGAAACAAAGCUUUGGUUUGGUAAAAAUUUCUUGCUCGAUAUUUAUAACCUAACCAAAAUUAAUUUCAGUUAACCAUUUUUGAACUUCUGUUACAUGAUUAUUUGUUAAAUCGAUGGAAUUUAAGAAUAUAGGUAUGUUGGGGUUUAGACUGGUUGCAAUUAUCUAAGAAAAGCAUUUACUUGUUAUUUUUUUUCUAUAUAGUUUGCUUUGAUUACUAUGUGAUUGAGAAUAAUUCCAAUUUAAGCAAAUAAAUUUGUGAUAUAACGCUAGAUUAUUAGGCUUGUACAUAGAAAGUAUUGUACGUUUGUUCAAUAUCGAUUUAUGCUCUACAAUGUGUUUCUAUUUAAUCAUCCAUAAAUAUGAUUCUCAUAUAUUAGAAACCAGUUUUUGGAUAUAUGAGAGAAGCUAACUUAAUUUAAAAAUAUAUAUAAGAGCUGCAAGACAUCGUACAGAAUAAUAACAUUCAUUAUAUGAUUGGGUAAAUAUGAAAUUUUGUAAAAAAUAAAAGAAGUAACUUUAAAUUGAAGUUGUACUUCCAUAAAUUGUUCAGAUUAUUUCAAAAAUUACAAUGUGUAACAAUAACAAUUGAACUCACUGUUUACUACCAUUAGACCGAUGCAAUUAUAUUAUUUUGUCUUUUGAGGCUUCCAUAAGUUGCUGGUUCAUAUCCGGCUCGAAGGACCAGAUAAUGAAAUUGUUAGUAUUGUUGUAAUGGUAGCAAAUAUCAGUUUUAGUAAGAAUAUCAACUAAUGUUUGUUGAUACAAUCGUUAAAAAAAGAUUAUUACUCAAUUGUAAUACAGACAGUAUAUAAUUGUUAAUUAUAAUUGAAACACAUUGAAUGAUCAUAUAUUGUAGCAUAUAUUUAUAAUUUCACUUACAGUAUUUUAGUACUGUGCCAAAAAGAACUAUUGUAUUGAUUUAAGGAAAGAUUAAGCUCGACAUACAUUGUUUUAGGAUUAUAACAUUUUUUGGCUAAUUUUGUACAUAGACAUUGCUUGUGAGUUGGUGUAAAAACGGUAAAAAUAUUAAAUUACUACUAGGCUGUUUGUAUCUCUUGCCUGUUAUUGUUUUCAUAGUUUUAAGACCCAGAAAUGUAUGUGUUGUUGUAACUUUGUGACAAAUUGUAAAUAUAUUUUCAAAUUAUGCACCAAA